UUUUGAUGACACGGCUGUGUGGCGGCAGGCGGCGUCAGCAGGCAGAGAAGGACACACUCAGAUCAACCAGUAAUCACCAUCGUCUCGCACACUGCCAUGGUCGAAAAAGAGGACAACAGCGCUUCCUAUUUUCUACCGGGAGUGAAACUUUAAAGCCUUAACAAAACUAGCCAUGCUGCUGAACGUAACAACACCGCGGAUAUAAGCGACAUUGAAGAGCAGAAAGUACUACCGCCACACGGAAACCACAAAGAAGAAGAACCAGCAGUCUUUUCUUUUUCUUUUUUUUUCACGCUCGGAGGGAAAGACGGCAUCCGGCCUGAGAAGAAGCUCCGAGGUCGGGGACUCCGGUCGGAGCAACGUUCAUCGUUUCUGGCCUCCCCUUCCCGAGAGCUCCAUGGAGAAGAUGAAGCGGUUCAAGCGGCGUUUGUCUCAGACGUUACGAGGCAGCCACACCAUCGACGAGUCGCUGUCUGAGCUGGCAGAGCAGAUGACCAUCGAGGAGAACGGCCUGAAGGACAGCGAGCCGAUAGUGAGGAAUGGUCGUCCUCCGUCGGCCCACAGUGUCCACUCCUUCCUCCACCAAUACGCAGGCUCAUUUAAAAAGCCGCCGCUGCGACGGCCCCAGAGCGCCGUCGGAGGAGGCCUGGGCUCUCUCAUGGUCAUGCCUCGCAACGGCAGUCGUCUCGAUAUCGUCCAUGAGAACCUGAAGAUGGGGUCGGACGGGGAAAGCGACCAGGCGUCUGGGACUUCCUCUGAUGAGGUACAGUCACCCACGGGUGUUUGUCUGCGGAACAGAGGGAACAGACGCAUCUCUGCAGAGGACCUGAACAAACGUCUGUCCCUGCCGGCUGACAUCCGGAUACCUGAUGGUUACCUGGAGAAGCUGCAGCUGAGCAGCCCGCCAUUCGACCAGCCGCUGAGUCGGCGCUCCCGCAGAGCAUCACUGUCAGAAAUUGGAUUUGGGAAGCUGGAGACCUACAUCAAACUAGACAAACUGGGGGAGGGCACUUACGCGACAGUCUUCAAGGGGAGAAGUAAGCUGACGGACAACCUUGUGGCGCUGAAGGAGAUCAGACUGGAGCACGAGGAGGGGGCUCCAUGCACAGCUAUCAGAGAAGUGUCGUUACUGAAGGACCUGAAACACGCCAACAUUGUGACGCUGCACGAUAUCAUCCACACCGAAAAGUCGCUCACAUUGGUCUUCGAGUACCUGGACAAAGACCUCAAGCAGUACAUGGACGACUGCGGGAACAUCCUGAGCAUGCAGAAUGUCAAGAUUUUUCUGUACCAGAUCCUGCGAGGAUUGGCGUACUGUCACAGACGGAAAGUUCUCCACAGAGACCUGAAGCCCCAGAAUCUGCUCAUCAACGACAGGGGAGAACUCAAACUUGCAGACUUUGGCCUGGCGAGGGCCAAGUCGGUGCCCACUAAAACAUACUCUAACGAGGUGGUCACACUUUGGUAUCGGCCUCCCGAUGUGCUGCUGGGCUCCUCCGAGUACUCCACUCCGAUAGACAUGUGGGGUGUGGGAUGCAUAUUCUUCGAGAUGGCUGCCGGCAGGCCUCUGUUCCCCGGCUCCACAGUGGAGGACGAGCUGCAUCUCAUCUUCAGGCUGCUAGGCACUCCCACAGAAGACAGCUGGACUGGAAUAUCCUCCAUGGACGAGUUCAAGUCCUACAAGUUCCCCAAGUAUAAAGUUCAGCCGCUCAUAAACCACGCGCCUAGAUUGGACACGGAUGGGAUCGACCUGCUGUUGUCAUUCCUAAAAUACGAGUCGAGAAAGAGGAUAUCUGCUGAUGAGGCAAUGAGACAGCCGUACUUCAGGAGCCUGGGGCCACGUGUGCACACACUGCCAGAGAGCAUAUCCAUAUUCACACUGAAGGAGGUCCAGUUGCAGAGAGAUCCCGGCUACCGGAACUCAUCGUACCCAGAGUCAGGCAACGGAAAGAGCAGAAGACAAAGCAUGCUGUUUUAGAUUGUCUGGACUGUAUUUUUUUUAUUUGAGAAGAGUCUCCUAGCUGUACAGUCUCGCCGAUGGAUAAGUAACCAGGAAUGGAUGUUGGCGUGAAGCAUCCUCAUCAUCACUCCCUCCCCACCCACCCACCCAAACUACUUGGGGAAACGUGUCCACAGUGCCACCAACCCCCUUUCCAGGUCUGGCCUGAACCUGGCCCAAAAGAGACAUUUAUAUACUGUACAUCUAUAUUUAUUAAGAGAAUUUGCUGCUAAAUCCAACUACUGUCUAGAAUUCUAACUGGCUCAGUCACUUUAAUGAGUACAUGCAAUGUGUAUAGAUUGUUCUUUUUUUUUUUUUAAGUGGUGGUAUUUUAAAAGACCUUUUUUGUUAUUUACAUUUUCAUACAUUAAAAAAACUCCUCCAUCGCAGAGCUCCUCAGUGUGUGUGUGUGUGUGUAAUUCACACAGAGAAGCAGAGGGAUGUUUCUGUAGCAAAAGGGUUUGAUUUCCUGUCUCCGACGGUGCUGUUCUCAGCUCGCUCAUCAUUUGUGACCGUUUACUCUGAAGGUUUUCGAGGCCAGCUUUGGUAUAACAGAUAAUUUUAUCCUAACUGGAGGCCAUACGAAAGCAGUCCUGCCAAGCUCUGUGCACAAAGAUCAAAUUCUUGUCAGAUGCUGGCAUAUCAUUCCAGGAUGCUGCUGUCGGCACCAAUGAACAAAUGCAGGAGGGGGAAAGAAAAGCAACGUGGAAGCAAAUACGCCUCCUAAAUUCUUCAGAAAACCUACAUAUUUAACUAAUGUGAACACUCCUCUCACCCCGACACUCCUCCUCCUUCAGUCUUUUUACAAAGAGGUGGUGCAAAGUGAAUCUGCUGCAUUACAGAUGUGUUCUCCAUCUCCAUGAACUGUAACAUCUAUCCCUUUUUUUUCUGGAUUGCCUCCUUCAUUGUAUUGCAUGUCUGCUCUGUUGUGUGAGGAAGCACACAGCAAGUGAACUCCUGCUGCAGGAGCACUAGCUAGAGUCCUUCCCCUAGUGAAGACGAUCUAUUUAACAGUGUUACAAGAGAUGUUUUGUAUGAUAUUCUUUGACUUUAUUUGUUGAUAAUUGUUAUUGGUAUGGGAUUUCAUUGCAGAUGCCCUCCCAUGUGAGCUUUUUUUUUUCCAGGGUAAAGAAAAUUAAAUCUAAAGUUUAAACUGAA